UAGCAUGCACUCCCUUUUCUUUCUUCCUUUCUGCUUUCCCAAACAUAUUUUAUUUUAAAAUAAACACACUUCUGUGUGUUUUUUUUGUUUGUUUGUGGAGUGAAGAGAGAGAGAUGAAGAACGGAAAUCAGUAUUAUGACCACUUUCACAGAAAGUAUGGCUGCCAUUGAAGAGAAGCUCAAUUCAUCAGGUGUAAACAGUGGGUCACACAGUUUACUUGAAGAGAUGAAAUUGUUGAAGGAAAUGCAGGACCAUUCUGCGAUAAAGAAGCCAAUAAAUUCAGAGCUGUGGCAUGCAUGUGCUGGACCAUUAGUUACUCUUCCACAGGUUGGAAGCCUUGUUUAUUACUUCCCACAAGGACAUAGCGAACAGGUAGCAGUUUCAACAAAUAGAACAGCAACAUCACAAGUUCCAAAUUAUCCGAAUCUUCCCUCUCAGCUAUUGUGCCAAGUUUUAAAUGCUACAUUACAUGCAGAUAAAGAUACCGAUGAGAUCUAUGCCCAAAUGAGCCUUCGACCAGUGAACUCAGAAAAAGAUGUUCUUCCAAUUCCAGACUUUGGAAUAAAACCAAGUAGACAUCCGAGUGAAUUCUUUUGCAAGACUUUGACACCAAGUGAUACAAGCACACAUGGUGGCUUUUCUGUACCCCGUAGGGCAGCAGAAAAACUCUUUCCACAAUUGGAUUUUUCAAUGCAACCUCCAACUCAAGAGCUUAUUGUUCGAGAUUUGCAUGAUAAUACAUGGACAUUUCGUCAUAUAUACCGCGGGCAGCCAAAACGACACUUACUGACUACGGGGUGGAGUAUGUUUGUUGGUGCAAAAAGGCUUAAAGCUGGUGAUGCGGUUUUAUUUAUAAGGGAUGAGAAGUCACAAUUAUUGUUGGGAGUGAGGAGAGCGAACCGCCAACAAACUUCGUUACCGUCAUCGGUUUUAUCCGCCGACAGUAUGCACAUCGGAGUCCUUGCAGCCGCCGCUCAUGCCGCCGCUAAUAGGAGUCCCUUUACAAUUUUCUACAAUCCUAGGGCAUGCCCUUCGGAAUUCGUGAUUCCGUUGGUGAGAUACCGGAAGUCGGUCUUUGGGACACAACUGUCUGUCGGUAUGAGGUUUGGAAUGAUGUUUGAAACGGAGGAAUCAGGAAAACGCCGAUAUAUGGGCACAAUUGUUGGGAUAAGUGAUGUGGAUCCAUUAAGAUGGCCUGGAUCUAAGUGGCAUAAUCUCCAGGUUGAGUGGGAUGAGCCAGGUUGUGGUGAUAAACAAAGCCGAGUGAGUCCAUGGGACAUUGAAGCACCAGAAAGUCUCUUCAUUUUCCCUUCUCUAACUUCAAGUCUCAAAAGACCUUUCAAUUCCGCUUUUCUAGGAGCACAAACCGAAUGGGACAAUAUGGUAACCCGACCAUUCAUGCGGGCCCCGGAAACAAUAAACGGAAACUUUUCAAACCCUUCAAUGUCUAGCUUAUGGUCAGAACAACUCGUCAAAAUGUUAAUGAAACCACAAACCAAUCACAAUACGCCACCUGUGAUUCAAGAUACUUUCACCACUAAUCGCCCACAAUUUCACCUCAUUCAACCCAACACCACCACCACCAUAACCGCCGCCUCACCGCCACAAUCCACCCAAAAUCUCUCCGGCGACCACCAAUCCGAUCAGAAACCACCGAUAACAGUCACUUCCGACACAAUAAAACCAGAAUCAAAACCAAUGUCCCCGUUUCUCAAUCAAUUAUCCCCGUUUGACUCGAGCGUACUCCAUGGUCAACAAUUCGACUCCCCCCAAAUCGAUUCUUCAAGUCUUAACGGGUUAUUCCCGUACCCGGACACAAACGUAUUGAACCCGUAUCAAUCUCUCGGAUCCGAAACGUGGGACCCACAACCCAACAACACUUCACGAUCUUUCUUCCAACAAAACACGGGACCCACGAAUUACGGUUUCAAAGAUUUAUCCGAUGAAAAUCAAACCCACAACAAUGUCUACAAUUGUAUCAAUUUCGAGGGUAGUAAUGGCGGAUCCACGGUGGUUGACCCAUCGGUAUCGAGUACUGUUUUAGACGAGUUUUGUAAUUUGAAAGAUAUCGAGUUUCAAAACCCGUCUAAUUAUUUAGUGAGUAAUAAUAAUUUUAGUUCUAGCCAAGAUGUUCAAUCGCAAAUUACUUCUGCUAGUCUUGUGGAUUCUCAAGCUUAUUCUAUGCAAGAAUUACCCGAUAAUUCGGGUGGGGCGUCUUCUAGUAAUGGGGAAUUCGAUGAUUCCGGUGGACUUUUGCAGAAUAAUUCGUGGCAACAAGUUGCAGUUCCUACACGUGUACGCACGUAUACCAAGAUUCAGAAAGCAGGAUCAGUUGGGAGGUCUAUUGAUGUGUCGAGUUUCAAGAACUAUGAUGAACUUUGUUGUGAAAUUGAAAAGAUGUUUGGACUCGAGGGAUUGCUUAAUGAUUCCCGAGGAUCAGGUUGGAAGUUAGUGUAUGUAGAUUUCGAGAAUGAUGUUCUUCUUGUUGGAGAUGAUCCAUGGGAGGAAUUUGUGGGGUGUGUGCGAUGUAUAAGGAUUCUUUCGCCUUCUGAAGUUCAACAGAUGGGUGAAGAGGGAAUGCAGCUUCUCAACAGCAAUGCAGCAUUGCAGGCUGGGAUUAAUGGUGGGUCAGGGUCGGACAAUGGUGCGCGUACUUGGGUGGGACCCACAUGAUCCGAUGGGAUCUUAGCAAAUCAUGAACCGGUUGUAGUGACCAGAUGAGAGUUAGCAAGAUUCUUGGUUUGAUUUGUGGUUUGUAGAGAUGAAGUGAGUGACAAAUUAGUGAAGGAACAAACAACCGAUUGUAGCUUUAUGAGAUGUUUAAAGGAUUGUAAACAUUUAAAAUGCUAUAUGAAUUAAGGAUUGUCAGAUUUAUCUAAA